AUGUCAACCCGUCGCGGCGUCGGCCUCGGCGCCUUCACAAACCGCACCCAAACAACCCAAUCCUACGCCACCCACGGUGCCAACCUCCGCUCCACGCAUACCUCCUCCCUCCAAACCCAGCUCUCCGUCUUCCAAUCCGUCCUGCACAGCUUCGCCCUAGAACACAGCUCAACGAUCCGUUCGAAUCCCACAUUUCGCGCUGAAUUCGCGCGCAUGUGCAAUGCGAUCGGAGUUGAUCCACUGGCAGCCAGCAACGUGAGAGGGAAAAAUGGACGGAGGGGACUGGGUGAGGGGGGUAGUUUCUGGACGCAGAUUAUGGGCGGGGAUAUGAAUGACUUUUAUUUCGAGGUUGCCGUGAGAGUUGUAGAGCUUUGUCGGGAGACAAGGAGUGAGAAUGGGGGGUUGAUCGGGGUUGAGGAGUGUCGGAGGAGGGUGGGGAAGGGGAGGGCGAUUGGGAGUGGGUUGGAGGUCACUGAAGAUGAUAUCCUCCGCGCCGUAAAAUCCCUCGAACCCCUCGGCUCCGGUUUUUCCAUCAUCUCCGUCGGCAGCAAGCAGUACAUCCGGUCGGUUCCCAAAGAGCUCAACACAGACCAGGCUACCGUUCUCGAAGCAAUCCAAGUUCUAGGUUUCGUCAGCGUCUCUAUGCUACGUUUGAAUCUGAACUGGGAGAAAGCAAGAGCGCAGACCGUCGUUGAUGAUCUUCUGGCGGAUGGUCUGGUUUGGUUAGACGCGCAGGGCGAUGAAAAUGAGUAUUGGUCGCCGCAAAACCUGUUGGAUGAUAGUGGGUGA